UUCUUCUCUAGCUACUCUUCCACCAUUUUUCGGCAUCUCUCAACUUCCUCCUUUUCUCAUCCCUAAUCUUCUUCUACGUUCUAUUUUUCUCCUUUUUUCUAUUUUCUUUUUUUUUUUUUUUUAUUAUUUCUCCCCCUUCACUCACAGGGUAAGGAUUAGAUUUUUUAUUUAUUUAUUUAUUUAUUUUUUUCUCUCCCCCACUAUCUCUCUCUUUUUCCUCUUUUCCUCCUUUGCACGUUGACUUCAUUUUUGGAUAGAUUUUCUUGAAGGGGACACAAAUCAUGGAGGAGGCUUUUAAUCUUACUUUUUGUACUCCAAUUCUUUCUUUUAUUUUUUUUUUAAUAGCUCUAAGAAAUUCAUCAAGUGAAAUUGCAGGGUUAUUCCUCCUCCAAAAUCCCGGUAGAAUUAUCACUAAAGGAAACACCCUGAGUCGGAGCAGAGCCUCCAUGGAAGUUGGAGAAAGAAAUUGUUCACCGGGUUAUGGCAGGCCUCCAUGGACAUUUAGAGGCAGAGCCUUGUAUCAACUGCAUCUUGUGAAGGGGAAAAUUGCUCGAGCCUGCAUCCCCAAGGAGUUGAGACUCGUUGAAGCAUUUGGCUUGUGGUAAUUGCUGGAAUUGUUUGGAACCGUCCGACCUCUUGCGCAUGGGCAGCUAAGGUUCUGGUGAACAGUGUUCAAGCUUGUGACCAUGGACGAAAGGAAAUAGGACUUCCAAGUCAAGUUGCAAGGUUCACAAAAAGGAUUGAGGCAGUUCCAAAGCAUCGGAGCGAAAGUGGACUUCUAAACUCCUUAGGUGGAAAGAUUAAUGUCUACAACCAAAAGAAUCAGGAGCAUGUCCAAGUGACUGAAGUGAAGGGUCCUACUUCAACCAGCAUCUGCAAUAUAAACCUUUCAACUUCUGUUCCUCUCAACAAAUGGAUGGGACCAGCUAUCAAAAUGUCUCUUCCAAGUUACAGUGGGCAUACAGAAUAUACUCCUGAAUUAUUCAAAUACUCAUGCCAGAUUCGAUGCAGGGUGCGAGCAGUAAAGCCAAUGAAGGUCUCGGUCGAAUUUCCCGCUCAAAAUGAGCACCAUUCUUGCACGAGAAGAGGCGGAGAAGGUGCAGAAGAGGAACAAAGCCUCAGCACAUCUGUACUAUUGUCAAAGCCCAUACUAGCUUUAGAAUUUAGUUGCAUGGAAAUGAAAGUUGAAGCUCCCACUGUUGUUUCUCAAUAUUUUAACCACUCUCUCAGAACACCUUGAACGAAUCCCAUUCCAAUCCCACUCUAUUCACAGUUAAGUUACAUAUGUUGAAAAUUCUUUCCCAGAAGUCUUGUACAAUAUGUGAGAGACUCAUCACAACAAAUUAAACUCUACUCUCACAAAGUUAACAGCAGCUUCUCAUUUUGCCUAA